CAAGUUUCCUCUCAAGGGAUUCUAGUGCGACAGUAUAGCUGAAUAAUACUUGACCAUGAAUACGGAUAAGUUUUUCGUUGUCUUGCAUAUCUUCAUUUUGUUCGUCACAGCAUCGACCAUCAGCUGUGAAAGUGUCAAGUCUGAUGAUUAUACGUCUACUAAUUCGAAGAAGCCUGAAGAAGAUCUGUCUGAGAAUUCGUUGAAUUUUUACAAUGCCCUGCCAGAUGAUAAAAUGAAAAAACAGUAUGUUGAUCAAUACACUAAAAAUCGUGAUCAACUCAAUAAAAUUCAAGCUGAAAUUUGUGCGCGAAAAGCGAAUCAAGAAAAAAUAGAAAACGAGAAGGUACAGUUCCAAGUAAUUUUGGGCAUCUCCAAAUUUGUUCGAAAAAACAGCGUCAACGUUUGCGAAAAUACCUACCUUAUUCGUGAGAUAAAUACAGUGGAUUUCUAUGUGCUACUGAUCUUCUACCAUCACAACUUGUAAACCUGUACCCUCGGUUCAAGGGGCAAUGGAAAAAAGUAGAAGGAAAACUAACAAAUCCGAAUUACGUGAAUUUCAUGAAAAAUUUUCACUCAUCGUACCGAUAUCAAACAGAUUUAAUACAGAAACAGUAUCGCUUUGAACCUUUAGAAAGAAAUUAUAGUGUGUCAGAACGAUCUAGAGCAAAGGUGAAAAUGCCCAAUUUUUUCAAGACUAUGUGCGCUUUAUUGACACGAUAUGCUGACCCAAUGUAUAAGGAUUAUAUAACAGAGGAGUCUUCUAAGAACGCUGAAGACAUUACGAAGUUGGUAAUCUUCCUGGAUACUCUGCCAAAUAUUAAAAACGCCAUGAUCGAAUCAUUUUCUGCCCAAUAUGCCUUUAUUCGGCAAUGCUUCAACAUUUUUUCACAUUAUCCCAUCAUGCUUCGCAUUGAUGAAGCUAUGACAGAACUUGAAAACAGGGAAAUAAACCGUCGUCGUCAUCGUUUGAUGAACCUUCAGCUGAAUCUUACAGAUGGAAUUUCGGCUGAAGCUCCCGUACCAAUUAAUGUACACUUGUGUGAUGUACUGGAUUACAUGGGUAUUUUACAGCUAUGGGGAUUCACCGAUAACGACCUGAAAUUUAUGAAUAUUGUAUCCGAAGUUAUCCGAUCAGACAAGAAAGGCAUUUAUACUCCGUUUUAUUGUGAUCGUACGGAUGCCAAUGGAAAAACCACAACAGUAGUACUUCCUGUAACGGAUUAUCGAAAUUGUCCAGUUGGGUGAUUCCUACUAUUUUGCGAAUAUUUGCGUAAAUGCAAAUAUGUGAAAGACUAAGAGGGCAGUAUUCUUUUUUUUUGGUGUCUAUAAUUCUAUAAAGAUGUCCCCUACAUGCCCCCAUAAAGAAAAUUCACAUAUUCGUAUCACCACCCCCAAGGGGACAACAAAUGUGGGUCAAAUGUUCAUCGUCGUGGAUGUCACAGCUCGCAUUUUUGUUCACAUGUCACUUUAUGAAACAGUUGUUUUAAAGAUUUUCUUUGAAUUAAUGCAUUAUUUCUGGUAAGGAAGGAUAGGACUUGAACUAAGUUGUGUCAUAAUAAUGUUUGAGGUCACUCAAUUUGAGUAAGGUCAACUUAAACACUGGUCACAGUAUUUUUUGUCCAUGGACGUGGGUAAUUUUCAAAUGGUCAAAACCACUAGAUACAAUACUUUUUUUCUAGUACAAAUGGCAAACCUGAUGUACUCCCAGUAUUAGAAUUAUAUCAUAGGCGGUUUUAAUGAUACUUUUUCAUCAUUUUUUCAAAAAAAAGUGAUUUCUGGAAUCUACUUGUCCUAUCGCCGUGGGUCAUCAUAACUUCUGCUAAUGAAUGAAUCAGUUCAAAUGAAAAAAGCUAUAAUUAUGCUCGAAGUAGUCAGUGAUGAACUGCAUUCAAAGUAUUUCAAAAAAAAGUAAGGAUAUGCCCUCUACAGUUGAGAAAAGCAAGUUUUGUCUGACGUCGUGGGUAAAGUUUUUUGUCCCUCGUCGUGCCAUCUGCGGUUCACAAUAUCCACGGCGAAAGACAUCCAGUUUCUAAGUCCCUUUUUUGGGUUGUUUUGUCUGGAUUUUUUGAUCGAAGUUGCCAACGCCGGUGUAGUAGAGACCAUUUCACCCAGUGAGCGCACAUGAAGCCCACCCAGAGAGAGACAGGGGCGACUUUUAUGAUUUGUCUUUUGUCGUGGACAAAAGUCGCCCCCUCUCUCACUGGGUGGGGCUCACGCGUGCUCACCAAGUAAACUAAUCUCUACUACACUAGCAUUAACAACUUCGAUCAAAAAAAUCCUAAAAAAACAAUCCAAAAAAAUUCGAAAAAGGGACUUGGAAUAUUCGCAAAAUAGUAGGAAUCACCCAGUUAUGUCCAAGCAUUCUACAGGCUACAGCAUCAGCAUCACUUAUAAGGACGUGACUUUCAAAUAAUUUUGUUCUACCACUCUUUGGAAUGUUAAGUUUGUUACUUUAUUUUCAUGCAGAGUGUAUUUUUGUUUGGAAAAGGCAUAGGGGAGCCUGGGGAGGUCUUAUUGUUAGACAAAUUUUACAUUUUUUGAUUUUUUUGUCACCUAAAUUCAUGGGAAUAUUGCAUAAGGUAUAUUUUUUCAGAAAAUUCAAACUUUUUCCCACAUUUUGGUUCAACUUUCAAAUGUUUACCCUAAAAAAGCACAGAUUCAACAUCUACUUAUAGAGAAUACAUCAUCUGAGAAAUGCUGAUGGCAAAAUUUCAUAGUUGACUCAAAUGGAGCUGAUGAAUGGUUAGGAGGUGUCCUGAUAGGUGGCCAGUGGAUCACCAACAUCGACCUUUUAUUUCUUAUGGCACCCUCAACGUGCGGUUACCCAACCCUGUGCAUAAUCACGUGUGGAAGAUGAUAACUUUAAAUCUGAUUACACGCGGGUCAAGGUAAGAGACGAGUUCGCGCAAUGUGCAGAGGUAUCUUUACAAGCAUAGAUUUAGGAGGUUUGCAUCAAAAUAUACCAUUUGGAAUAGCAGUCCAGAUGAGGAGAAUAAAAGGUCGAUGAUCACCAACCACCAGUAUGCUGACAACACCACUUUGGCGGCCUCUAGUGUUGAGUAUACAUGUCCAUUGUCCAUGGUACUCAAAUGCCUGGAAGAAGUUUGUGCAAGACAUGGCAUGCUGAUCAACAGGACAAAAACAAAGUUGAUAAUAAUUAAUAGUCCAACCAACAACUUGCCAGAGAUCCAGGAAGUCGAUGGAAUUGGAAUCAAAGUUGUGAAGAGAUUCUCAUACCUCGGAUCCAUCCUUGAGAAUACCAGAGGAUGUGAAGCUGAGGUAUGUUGCCGCUGCCAGCUCACCAAAACUGUGAUGACUAGUUUAAAACAAAUAUGUAGGUAUGUGGCCCGCUCUGACAAAACCGACCGUUUCAACAAAAAAAAGUUUCUGAAAUAAUGACGUUUAAAAUGAAUUUUAAGAGUUAAAGAUCAGAUUUUUGAGAAAAAAACAUUUUUUGAAAUUUUGUCAAAAUGGUUGGUUUUGUUUUGUCAGAGCGGGUCACAUAUGGAGCAAUUUGGCAAUGAGCAGGACCCUUAACAUUCAACUGGUUAAUGUGCUGGUCUUCUCUGUGUUCCUAUGCACAUUAGAGACUUGGACCAUACGCUCAGUAAGCGUCAGCGCUUGAGCACAACAUGGUGGAGCUAUUCUCGUGAAAAUGAUUGCAAGGAAAUGGGAAUUGCCCAUUUUCCUGCCAAUGAUCAAGUUUUGACUUCAAUUAUGAACGAUCUACAGUGAAUUUUUUUAGUGUCAUGAGUUUUAAAUUGUUAUUUGUGUCGUCCUGAAGAACAAUGAACUGAAUUGUACAAGCUAAGUACUUACGGACGGAUUUUACAAUCAUUUUAGUGUCUCUGAGAGGACAAAAUUUGGUAAAAACUCAUCAAAUUAUAGGGCAAAUGCUUCAAUUUCUUGUGAUAUUGAAUCCUUUCGUUUUGGAAAAUGUUUUUUUAAAACACGAGUCCACAAAAGUCUAUCAAUUGCACAAAUUACGCUCAAAUUCACUCGUAAAAUACGAGUUCCUGUUUGCUUGUUAUCAUUUUCACGAGAAUAGCUCCAGAAUGUGGGAGUCAUGUGAUCAAACUUACUGAGUGUAUUUGUACAGGGAAUUGGUGUCGAUCAACACCAUGGAAAUGUGGUUCUGUAGCAGAGUACUGCACAGUGUAGUUAAAAUAGCCGGAUAAUCGCCGGAGCUAUCGGCUAAUUUAACUACAGGUUACCAACUGCAGUUAUUUUUGUCGGUGCGCGCAACCAGCGGUAAGUUAGGUUAAUAAUUACACGUUAACCGCAUUCGGUUCUCUGGUGUCUCAUCAAUACAUUUUGGUGACUCAUCAAACAGAUAAGACAGAAUCGAACAAUGCAUUUCUGAUAAGAACGCGGUAUAAUCGCAGGUAGUUUAGUUAUUUUAACUACAAAAUUAUCCGCAUAGGCUAACGCGGAUAUAACCGCUUUUGGAUGAGUUAUAUUUGGUAGCUUACCACACUCGACAGGCAACUAACGCAGAUAACUUUUAACUACACCGUGCAGGACUCUGUUCUGUAGGCAGCUGCUGAGAGUUCGAGUUCCUUGGACAGCCAAAAGAACUAACACCUGAAUUUUGAGUGAAAUUGGUGUGACCAAACAUCUAUCUGCAGUGAUCCUUGGUUGGAUACUCAAGUACUUCAGACGGCUCACAAGAGUGGAUGCUAUGGAAACAAUAUUUGUGCAAGGCAGGGUAGAAGGAGCCAAAGCUAAUAGAUGAUGAUUGUCAACCUGGUCACUGGUGGACUGACUCCAUGCGCAAAGUAAUGGGCUGCAGCUUUGCUGAAUGCAUGAGAAGUAGGGAUGGGAUGAUACCCGAUAUAUCGCAUGAUACUAUUGAUGUGUAUCAGAUCAGUAUUGUAUCGAUACGUAUCAAUCCAAACUUGAUGCCAAGCUUUUAAUUUUUUUUGUUUUUGACUUUUUUUUCCUGUGAAAGUUUUGGCAUUUCAGCCAACUUUUAAGCUAAAAUAAACAAACAGAAGUAUCAUGAUAUUAGAUACAUCAAUCCAAUAUUAUGAUACUUUCAAAAGUAUCGAUACUAUCGCCUCCCUGAUGAGAAGUGCACAGGACAGGGAGCAGUGGCGCGCGCAUACCCACAGGAUAUGUAACUGGAAUGGUCACAAUACCCCAUUGCGGUGUGAUACUUUAUAAUGAUGAUGGUUGCUUCUGCUGUUCGUACAUAUUUAUUAUGAUUUUAGGAGAUGAAAAGCGCCCCAUUUAAUGAUCCUACAUGAAAAAUUGGACAAUUCCUGUUUGUACAUGUGCAUCCCCUGUCCCCUGCACAAAUUUUUAAAAAUUUUCAACCUCAGUCUCUUUUCUAGAAUAAUCACCUACCAAGUCUCCAUAAUUCAUGAGUAGGUACUUGUAAGUCAAAAUUUUCAAUGUCUCCACAAUUGAUGAUUUUUUUGUUGAAAAUCACCUUUGUGAACAGAUCCAAUUCAUAAAGAAAUAAGAUGGUAGGUGUAGACAUUCUACUUUUAUAACACUGUCGCUACCACUACUUACGCAUUAUCUUUAGUGACUUUAGUGCUUUAAUCUCUUCAACGAAACAAAAUAUGUAUUGAAUGAUU